UAAUUUCCUGAUAUCAUUGUCGAGUACAAAAAUACACAAUAGUCAUUGCAACGAACACAUUUUUUAUCUUCUGAGUACUAGUAUAGUAGUAGUCUUUCACAAGUUGCUUCACAAUGGUAAGAAAGCUAAAACACCACGAGCAAAAGCUCCUGAAGAAAACCAACUUGGUUUCUUGGAAGUCAGACAACCCUCGAGAAGUGAAAGUGAUGCGAAAAUACCAUUUGCAAAAGCGAGAGGAUUAUCACAAGUAUACCAUGCUAGCCAACGAUGCGAAGAACCUUGCCACCAAGCUCAGAGGGUUGCCACCGGCUGAUUCCUUCCGCCUACAGAUGACAGAUCAGCUGCUGGAAAAGCUUUAUUCAAUGGGGCUUAUUAGCACAAGGAAAAAUCUCGAGCUGUGUGAGAAAGUGUCAUCGUCAGCAUUCUGCAG